AUGCCCGGCCUAACCCCCUCCCAACUAACGUCCUUCCACGAAAAUGGCUACCUCGUCCUCCCCAACUACCUCUCCCCCGAAGAAACCACCUCGCUCAUAACCGAAACCACCUCCCUCCUCUCAACCUUCGACCUCUCCACCCACCCGCUCACACAAUUCACAACCGGCGACGACGAAAAGGACAACAAGCCCCAUGUCGGCGACGACUACUUCCUAACCUCCGGCGACAAAGUCCGCUUCUUCUUCGAACCCGACGCCUUCGAAACGGAUCCCAGUUCGGGGAGUCCAAAACUCACCCGUCCCAAGGAAACAGCCGUGAAUAAGAUCGGGCAUGCCCUGCAUUCUCUCUCGCGGCCCUUUGAGGCUGUAACGCUGAGCGAGCGGAACGCUGGUAUCGCGCGCAGUCUGGGCUUCCAUGAUCCGAGGGUUUUGCAGAGUAUGGUUAUUUGCAAGCAGCCGGGGAUUGGCGGCGCGGUGCCGCCGCAUAAGGACUCGGAGUUCCUGUAUACGAGUCCGCCGAGUGCCGUGGGGUUCUGGAUUGCGUUGCAGGAUGCGGGGCCUGGGAAUGCGACGCUGGCGAUGUAUAAGGGGUCGCAUCGGAGGCCUGGGGGGAAGGUUGAGAGGAGGUUUGUGAGGAGGUAUAAUGAGGAUGGGGAGGUUUGUGGAACGGAGUUUGUGAAGAAUGAGGGGCCGGAGUUUCCAAAGGAUUUGGAGGUUGGGGAUAAGGAUGAGGAAGGGGAGGUUGAGGUUUUGGAUGUCAAGGCUGGGUCGUUGGUCCUUAUUCAUGGGAAUGUCCUGCAUAAGAGUGAGAAGAAUACCGGGGGGAAGAGUCGGUAUGCGUAUACGUUUCAUGUUAUUGAGGGUGGGGAGGGGUGGGAGUAUGAUGGGCGGAAUUGGUUGCAACCGCCGGAGGAGGGUUUCUCGAGGCUAUACAAGUGA